AUGUGCACUAUAGGAGCACUAUUCUUUGCGCUCGAGUAUAGUGAUACAGUUCAAGAACUACCAACAUCAGUUGUCCUGAAAGCUGGCUCGCAAUGGGCUGCCACAGCUGAGCGUCUACUCCUUGGGAAUACGCAUCACAUUUCAGUUGAUGGAUUGAUGACUGCUCAACUUCUUUAUGACUAUGCUCUUCGCAUGGCCAACUUUACGCAAGCCUUUGUCUUGAGCGCCUUAAUGGCGAGGAUGACCCAAGCUCUGCAACUGAAUCUGGAGUACUCCUCGGACCUUUUCAACCAGUCACCCAACAACACUCUAUCGAUAACAGCCAGAGAGUGUCGUAGACGCCUAAUGUGGAGUUGCUAUGUCACAGACGUUCUCUGUAGCAAUGGCGUUGAGCAACUGACCUUGGUAUUCGAGAAACACAUCAGGAUCCAGCUGCCAUGCCAUGAACGGAACUUUCUUCAUGAACGGCCAUGUAUCACAAGAACAUUAACUGGCUCGCCUCUCGACUUUAUCCCCCCUGAUAAGAUACCAGUUGACAUAGACAGCAAUAUGGGCAUGCUGGGCUACCUCAUUCAACACCUUGAAAUACGACGGCGAGUUCUAUGGUACAUCAAGCACCUGGAUCAAGCCAAACCUCCAUGGCUUCCCGACUCGGAGUUUGCACAGUUAGAUCAAGAAUUGCAGGCUUGGUACAUGUCACUCCCACCAAGUCUUCAGUUCACGACUUCGACUAUCUACCUACGCAAGGAGUCAUCACAACUUGGGGCUUUAUGCUUCUUUCACUGCACUUACCAUCAGACCAUGCUGGACUUUUAUCGCAUUGGAACCCCCGAACUAUUCAAGCUCCGAUCGGCAUUCCAUUUCUCACCCGAACAACAUGACUUUCAGCGACAUUUGCAAUACGCGUUGUUCAAGGUGGCCCGUACGUUGGCCGCGAUUGUCGCUGAAGCGGAGCAGCAUGGGCCUCGGAUUACCGGUGAUACGUGGUUCCCUACGAUUGCCUACGAGAGCAACAGAGUCAUGCUCUACUACCUGACCCAGGUCACGGAUCCUAUGGCUCUCGAUAAACGAGAACUAGUGUUGAGCACUAUUCCAUACUUGCAGAGUAACCUCAAGGCUCUCAAGACAAUGCGUGCCACUAAUGCCAUGGCGGAUAGCCUCUCCCGCGGAGCCGAAAGCAUGCUCCAGAAGUUGGGAGUUGACUCCAACAAUAUUCUUCCCCUACCAAGCGUCAUCCUGGACGACCCAUACUUGGCCUUCCCAAGCCGAGACACGCAGAUCGGAGUGGAUGCACCAUCUCAGAGAGCAGCCGACUCCGAUCUCCAUCCACUUUCCAUUUUCCGUAUGGCACGCAACGAGAUCCCAGAGGGUCACGCUCCGGCAGUAUCUGUGCGCAAGAGCCCAGUUCCAGCCGAGGAGGUUCCACUGCAGCCUCCUCAACUGGAUCAAGAUCUUCAUGGAUUUGAGCAAAACUUGGAUCUGUUCUUUGCGCCGGAUUUAGCUCAGGACUGGCAACUUGCAGAGAUGCUUCUCGAUUCGGGGACGGUUGGAGAUGGGCCAAUAUCAUGGAUUGGGAUGCCGCAACCGGGCUUAUAG